AGCAGUACAACGAUAAAAAUAAAAUGCCAGUCAGCGAAUCAUUUGAAAAGUCGACUUCAGAGUAGUCUCACAUUUCCAGUCUCACUCAAAUUUACACUCCCAUUUCGUCCUGUAACGUACGAGGGAGCCGCCCAGCUAGCAUUUAGGCAAGUUAGCAUUUCCAGCAGAAACGCGCCCCAGUUACAGUCAUGUCCUCAUUAAGCCUGAAGUCUUCUGACGAGCUUUGCAAACUUCUGGAUGAAUAUGGGAUUAACCAUGGACCCAUAGUGGACUCUACCAGGAAACUUUAUGAGAAGAAGCUGGCAGAGGCCAUGACCAAAAACCCCAAGCCAACUUCUGACAAGACGUACUACAGAGAAGAAGAGGAGGAAAUUACAUAUGUUACAUAUCACCCACCGUUGCAACAUGAAAACUCUGGAGAUGUAACAAGAAGAACGAGGACCACUGAUAAAGCUGAUGAUGUGGAUAAUUCAAAUGAGCCUAUCAUCAGCUACACUCGAACAGCCUACCAGAGUACCCCACGAGCUAGAUCAACAGCCUACACGAGCAAGUCAAGCCUGCAUGAACCUAGUCCAGGAACAAUCAAAUCUGAGGGGAGUAAAUCUGGUGGUGUGCCAGGGUGGCUCCGUGUUUUGGUUUUCAUCAUCAUUGCAGUGUUUCUUUACUAUGUGUACUCAAACAUGGAGUCUGCAGAUGAAAACCCUUUUAAAAAGAUUGAUGCAUAAGUAGUUUAUCGUUCCAUACGCAUGAAGAUGCUACCAAAAAUGCUAUUUUCCCCCCUUGUAGUGAUCUAUUCCAGUGUUUAUUUACAUUAUAAGCACAACUUUGUUUGUAUAAGAAACUUUAUAUAUUUGCAGAUUUUAUAUUAGACAUGAAACUAGUUUUACAUUACAUUACAUUUACAUUUACAUUAACAUUGCAUAAAUAUACGCAGAUGAGCCAUUACAUUAGGACCUUAUAGCCUGUGGGACCCCCUUAGUUACUCACAAAUUAUUUCAACCAGGUGGCAAUAGAUUUCCUGGGGUAUCUUGUACCAUACAUUACGGGGUGGUUGUGGUGACGUAGUGGAAACCGAAACAGAAAUUCACCUUCAUGUUCCUCGAACGACUCCUUGGCGAUUCUGGCAGUGUGGCAUGUCACAUUAUCCUGUUGGUAGUGGUCAUCACCAGCAGGGAACACAGUUGCCAUGAAUGGGUACAUGUGGUCCUCAACGAUUUUUAGAUACCAGACAGCUGUCUAAAGUGUCUCAAGAAAACAUUGCCCACUGCAUAACACUGCCACUGUUGGUCUGUGUCCAUCCACCAGUGCAUCCAGGUGCCAUAGCCUUUAUUGGUAAUUGGCAUAUCCGUGCUAGGCCAUCGAAGUGAUGCACCAGGAACCUCGAUUCAUCAGACCAGGCCACUUUCUUCCAAUCAUCCACGGUCCACUCUUGAUGAUCUUGGGCCCAUUUCAUUCGUUGUUGGCGAUGAUGCUCAGUUAGCAUGGGGACCCGGCUGGGUCGUCAUGGCCCAUACGCAGAAGGCCCAUACACAGAAGGCUGCGAUGAACUGUGCUCUGGCAAACGUUAGUUUGGUCACCAAUGUUGUAGCUGCUGGUGAUUUGUCACACUGUGGUCCUGUGUUUGCUGUGAACUAUACAGGACAUUCUCUGUUCCCCUCUGUCAAAGGCACUUGAACACCCCACGAUUCAAGCCAUUUCCAAGAUUGGAAUUUCUAGGUGCCGUACCAUCAAAAUUUGACCUUUAUCAAACUCUGAUAAAUCAGCAGCUUUUCCCAUUCCGACACAGAACAAUCUACUGACCAAAAGCUGGCCCUUGGGUGGUAUAUACUCUUCUAUGAACUACAACAGCUGCACCGUUCAUUUGCUAGGUGUGCUCAUUGCUCCAGGCUUGUUGUCUUCUUAAUGUAAUUGCUCAUCAGUGUAUAUAUAGUUGUGUUCAAAUAAAUAUCUGUAUGUGAAUAAAAGUGCAAAUAAUUUAAUAAUUUUCAUGCAUGUAUUUCAGAUACAUUGCAUUGAAGCAGUGAAAAUAUUACAGAUUUAAUUCUAAAAACCAACCAAAAAAAAGCAUUACGAAAUUUAAUCAAGUAUGUGUUAUUCUUUUGCAUGAAGCAAGAAAGGAAUAUUAAUGGGUUUUAAAAAGUUUUUCUUUUCAACGGUUACAAACAGAUUUUUUUCCAGGAUUUAACUUCACUUUAAAUUACAUUGAGUCAACCAAAUUCGGGUACCUAGAAUGUUUGGGAUUUGCUUGCAGUUCAAAUUUUUAAUGCACAAGUUUUCAAUGGGGUUAAGGGUAGGGCAUUGAACUGGCCACUCUGUUACCUCAAUCCUUUUUAUCUUGAACCAAGAGGUUGUUCGCUUACUUGUGUGUUUGGGGUUGUUGUCUUGUUGAAUCACCCAUUUCAGGGGCAUUUCUCUUCGGCAUAGGGCAGCAUAAUCUCUUCCGUGUUUUGAUGUAUUCAAACUGAUCCAUGACCAAUGGUACACGAUAAAUAGGCCCAGCAGCACGGUUUGAAAAACAUUUCCAUACCAUGAUUUUUGUGUCACCAUGCUUUAAUGUCUUCAUAGUGUACUGUGGCAUGAAUUUAGUACCUGGAGGUACUAAAUUAGCUUCAGUCAAACAUUUUACUGUAACUGUACUUACAGUUACGUUUAGAUCAUCUUUGAUCUUCCUGAAGUUUGAAUGAUUGGCUGAAUCUUUGCCAUUCCGACUAACCUUCUAAUGGUAGUUUUCUUCUGCCAUUUUAAAGCAUUUGAGAUCAUUUUAGCUGAGCAUUGUAUAAUUUUCACUUCUUUAUACGUCUUCCCCUCUCCAAUCAACAUUUUAUUCAAAUUAUGUUUAGAAUUGUACUUAGGGAUUCAGAAGGAAAUAUAUAAUGUGUGGAACAUUUGCCAUUCUUCUGUAAUAAAGUAUAAUUAUUCAAACCUGCUUUUUCACAGACUGAAUGAGUUCUCAAAUGGAACUCCACACUUUUAUUUUGAACAUGCCCCUUUUAAUGAAUAAGUAAACAAGGAUGUGACAGUUGGGUCAGCUAUUUCUUACACUACUACAUAUACAAACAAAAUUAUGCAAUGAAAAAGUAUCACUACUGUGGAAAAUUGGUUUAUCGGGUUAAUUAUGUAUGUUUUUAACAAAACUGUAUGUGUGUGUGUGUGUAUAUAUAUAUAUAUAUAUAUAUAUAUAUAUAUAUAUAUAUAUAUAUAUAUAUAUAUACACACACACACACACACACACUUACUGUAUAUGUAUCCCAGAGGUCAUGGUUGUAGCUGCUCAUCAGCUUAUUAAUAGCCAUACUUGUAUUAAAAAUGAGCUGUGUUGAAUCUCAAAGAAAGUAUUAUGCCAUAAUAAAAUACUGUCCAAAAUGUU